AUGGAUAUUAAGACCAAAGUUUGGAAGAAAUUGCAAGGGUGGAAGAAAAGGCUACUAUCUCAAGGUGGCAAGGAGGUUUUGAUAAAGGUAGUGGCUUUAUCAAUCCCUACAUACUCGAUGAGUUGCUUCAAACUGCUUGAGAGUUUAUGCAGGGAUUUGGAAAAUAUGAUGGCUAAGUUUUGGUGGGGCCAAAGGAAGGAAGAGAAUAAAACAAGAUGGGUGAGUUGGUUUAAGAUGUGUGCAGCCAAGUUCUAUAGUGGUUUGGGUUUUAAGAACCAACAGAGUUUCAAUGUGGCUUUAUUGGCUAAACAGGCUUGGAGAAUAAUGAAUGAGACAUCAUCUAUUCUGUACAAAGUUUACAAGUCAAAGUAUUUUCCCAACUCAGAUUUUCAGAUUAAUGCUCAAUUGGGAAAUGCACCUUCAUAUGCCUGGAGAGGAAUCUGGGAAUCCAAAGGUUUUCUACUACAAGGCUAUAAAUGGCAUGUAGGCAAUGGAAAGUCUAUAAAAAUCUGGAUAGAUCUCUGGCUGCCUAGUCAAAGACUUCUCUCUAUGGUUCAUGAUAAGGAUAGACUGCAAAGUUACCAAAUAGUUGCCCACCUCAUUGAUGAAGACACUAACUGGUGGGAUGCUAAGCUAGUAACAAGCCUUUGA